UGUCCACUGACCGCUGACCUGUCGGUGUGUUCACAGACCUGAGACCCAGCAGAAAGCCCCGGUGACUGCGCCUCCUCCCCCGCCGCCUCCUCCACCUCCCCCUGAGCCGGCAGGGCCCCCAGAGCCGGAGGAAGAGAUCCUGGGCUCCGACGAUGAGGAGCAGGAGGACCCCGCCGACUACUGCAAAGGAGGAUACCAUCCGGUGAAGAUCGGAGAUUUAUUCAACGGGAGGUACCAUGUGAUCAGGAAGCUUGGGUGGGGCCACUUCUCCACCGUAUGGCUAUGCUGGGACAUACAAGUGAAGAACUUUGUGGCGAUGAAGGUGGUGAAGAGCGCCCAACACUACACAGAGACGGCCUUGGAUGAAAUCAAACUCCUGCGAUGUGUCAGGGAGAGCGACCCCAGCGAUCCCAACAAGGACAUGGUGGUCCAGCUGAUAGAUGACUUCAAAAUAUCUGGAGUCAACGGCAUACAUGUGUGUAUGGUGUUUGAAGUGCUGGGUCAUCACCUGCUGAAAUGGAUUAUUAAAUCCAACUAUCAGGGUCUGCCACUGCCGUGUGUUAAGAGCAUCAUCAAACAGGUGCUGCAGGGUCUGGACUACCUCCACACCAAGUGUAAAAUCAUCCACACAGACAUCAAACCAGAAAACAUCCUGAUGUGCGUAGACGACGUCUUUGUCAGGCGUAUGGCCAUGGAGGCAACAGAAUGGCAGAAAGCUGGAGCCCCGCCCCCCUCCGGAUCAGCAGUUAGCACAGCCCCCCAGCUCAAACCGGUGAGUACGACUGAUGUGGGGAAAAUCUCAAAGAACAAGAAGAAGAAGCUGAAGAAGAAACAGAAGCGGCAGGCGGAGCUGCUGGAGAGGCGGAUGCUGGAGAUUGAAGCCCUGGAGAGGGAGGCUGAAAAAAAAGAAGAGCGAGCCAAAGAAAGUGACGAAAAAGGUGCAUUUGAACACAACCUGCCCUCCACGCUGAAGCCUCCGCAGCUGGGUCCCAGCAUGGCCCUGGGAGAAAGUGACGAUGAAGACGACGAUGAGGAGGACGGGGAAGAUGAGGAUGAGGAGGGAGGAGAGAGGGAGAGGCCGGUCAGGCUGACUAAUCAUACAUGUGCAGCGCCUCCCCAGGAGCAAAGUGAGGUGCCUCGCAUCCCAGCUGAUGACCCAGAUGAGGAGGUGGUGGAAGGGGAAGAAGAUGAAGAGGAACCCACGCCUGUCGCAGAAAAAGAUGCCCCGAUUCCUCCCACCUCUGAAAAGGGUGACAGAGAUUCAAUACAGGCAGAAGUAGAGCAGGAGCAGGGGAAGGAGCCAGAGGAGGAGGUGGUAAAAGGGACAGAGGAUGAAAACGUGCAGGAGGAAUCACAUGUAAAGGUAUCGGAGAAGGAGAAGGAAGAGGAGGAAGAAGAAGAAGAGGAAGAGGAGGAGAAUAAAGAGGCUGGGGCGGAGGAAAACGAGACAGAAAAGCCAAAGAGUGAGGGCAAGCCAGAGGAGAAGUCAGCGGUGGAAGAAAAAGGCUCAAAGGAGCAGGAGGAAGAGGACGAGGAGGAGGAGGAAGAGGAAGAGGAGGAUGAAGACGAGGAUGAUGACACGACAGCUGACCUCCUCACAGAGAGCACCUCCCCCGUCAAACGCCAGAACAAUAAAACUAAUUCAGCCAAAACCAACGGACACGUUUUGCUGAGCUCCGAGGGAUUCCGACCUAACCCCGGCACCCCCCCGCCCCCCUCCCCCAACCCCGAGCACCUCCUCUGCCCCCUGGUGGAGUCCGAGCUCAGUUACACAGACAGGGACGUCUCUCUCAGCUCCGGCUACGAGAUGUACAACGGCGAGGUGCCUGAGCCGGGGCUGACCAACGGCUCCAGUGACCAGCAUAAGUGCACCAUGCCCCUGUUCCCCGACCUGCCCCUGGACCCCGAGCCCGGCAGCCCCGUUUCAGGUGGGACGGCGGACAUCGGAGCGGGACCCUCCCCCAACAGCCCCACCGCAGACCGGAGCCGCACCGUGUCCUCCUCCAGCACCGGAGACACGCCCAAAGUGAGGGCCAGAGCUGCAGACCUCCUGAUCAACCCGCUGGAUCCCCGCAACGCUGAAUCCAUCAGAGUCAAGAUCGCUGACCUCGGGAAUGCCUGCUGGGUGCAUAAGCACUUUACGGAGGACAUUCAGACGAGACAGUAUCGCUCCAUUGAGGUCCUGAUAGGAGCCGGCUACAGUACUCCCGCUGACAUCUGGAGCACUGCCUGCAUGGCUUUUGAGCUGGCCACAGGAGAUUACCUGUUCGAGCCUCACUCUGGAGAGGACUACUCCCGUGAUGAGGACCACAUAGCCCACAUCAUAGAACUGCUGGGCUGUAUUCCGAGGCACUUUGCUCUCUCUGGAAAAUAUUCCCGGGAGUUCUUCAACAGAAGAGACCAUAUCGCUCUGAUCACGGAGCUUCUUGGGAAGGUCCCACGCAAAGUGGUCGCUGCCGGGAAGUACAGCCGAGAAUUUUUCUCCAAGAAAGGAGAGCUGCGGCACAUCACCAAGCUGAAGCCCUGGUCGCUGUUCGACGUGCUGGUGGAGAAGUACGGCUGGGCGCACGAGGACGCCGGCCACUUCACCCACUUCCUCCUGCCCAUGCUGGAGAUGGUGCCUGAGAAGAGGGCCUCGGCCAGCGAAUGCCUCAACCACGCCUGGCUCAGCUCGUAG